AUGGCACAAGGCUCAGUAAAGAAGAACGCCACGCCCGGCCCCGGCAAAGCGAACAAGACGGCGAAGAAGAACGCGAUCAUCAAGCCGAAGAAGCGAGGCAAGUCGACCGGGGAGAAGCUCCAGAAGAAACUCUCGUCCGGCAUGGUCGCGAAGACGGAGAAGCUCCUGGCCGAGAGGGCCGGCCACCUCGAACUGCUCGGCAAGUCCAAGAAGGCCGAGAAAAAGAACAAGGGCGCGGAAGAGACGAAGCAGAAGGGCGGCAGCAGGAAGUUCGGCUGA